UUGACCAAAGCACGUGGAGUACCACCUGCUGCAACGGAGCGUCGUCCCCCCUCAAAACUCCGAGAGCCGUGAGUGACAGAACCGUCCUCGUACCGACAAUUAAAAUUGAGAGUCUGUCCAAGGUGUUUGGAUGGAUGUGUUGGAUGAACGCGCAGAAUGGCUGGGCUCUCCCACGACAACUGGUCUUUGGUCUGGAUAAGCAACACGUCUGAUUUUCAAUCCAAACUUGCGCCUGCUACUGAUUUCGGAGUGGGGUUUGCCAUCCUAAUUGUCGUGUUGCUCUCGGUGCUGGGUAACGGCCUGGUGCUGGUGACGUCGUACCGCCGCCGCCACCGCAUGCGCGACUCGGAGCUGCUGUGCGUGAACCUGGCGGUGGUGGACUUCCUGGGGUGCGUGUGCCUCUACCCGCUCUCCAUCCUGUCCUCCUUCAGCCACGCCUGGCUGGGCGGCUGGCCCACCUGCAUCUACUACGGCCUGGGAUGCUACAUCUUCGGCCUCUGCGGCAUGUUCACCAUCGCCGCCAUCAGCGUCAUACGAUACGUCAAGACCUGCCACGGCCCGCUCUAUGGUGCCAACAUCCAGGUGCUGUGCGUGUCGUCGUGGCUGCUGGCCACGGCCUGGUCGCUGCUCCCCCUGCUGGGCUGGGGGGAGUAUGUCCCCGAGCCCUACGGCCUGUCCUGCACGGUGGCCUGGCGCCGCUACCACUCCUCGCUCAAGGACGCCACCUACGUGGUGCUCUCCUUCGCCGUCUUCGUCCUGGUGCCCGUGCUCCUCAUCGUGGCCUCGCAGGCCCUGAUCUUGCGCAAGCUGUGCCGCAUCACCUACCGGCUGAGGACGGACGGCGUGAGGACCAACCUCAAGAGGACCGAGAGGAGGCUGUCUGUGAUGUUCUUCUGCAUCAGUCUGGGCUUCGUGGUGGCGUGGUCGCCCUACGCCAUCGUCUCCUUCCUCUUCAUCUUCCACCGGGAGGAGCAGGUCUACAUGCAGCCCGCCGGCUUCGUCUUCCCCGCGCUCUUCGCCAAGAGCUCGCACAUCUACAACCCACUCAUAUACUUCUAUUUCAACAAGGCCUUCCGCCAGGACCUGCGUCUGCUGCUGUCCAGUCUGUUCCCCGGCCUGCUGCCCAACCGCGUGGGGGUGCACGGUGCCCAGCCCACCGCCCAGCUGAACGUGCUGCCGGGCAUCCACAUCCAGCUGCAGGAGGGCAUCCGCAAGGCCUCGGGACAGGGACAAGGGCCGAGGGCUGCUGGCGGGCACAGCAGGGUGGCGCCAUCAGAAAGCGGUGUGGCGGGAAGCGUGGCGGGAGGGGUGCGAGGGAUCAUCAGACUGGUGAAAGUGAGGAGUUCCAACAGCAAGAGCGACAGACGGUCGCGGUCGCUGGCGGCGGCAGCAGCAGGUGACGCUGCUGUUGGCAGAGAGGCGGCAGCCAUUGGCAGCAGCAGUGGCGGCCUGAGCAGCUGCGACGGGCCGUGCCAGUGCUGCAUGCCCAGGGUACGGGUGGCACCGCUCGGGCACCAGCCCCCAGCUGUGCGCGAGUUCCUGCCCAUUUCCACCUGA